AUGCCUACUACGCAUUUCCGGAUCUGGAGCAUGGUUGUACACCAUGAGCCAAUCAGAGAGGUCGUGCACGAAGUCGCAUUUCCGGUCCGCUAUGCGGCUAACGACAACUUUUCAUCCAGUACAUUGACGGUUAUUGGAUCAGAACUGUGA